CAUUCCACACAAGUCUCUUGACACUUGAUGUCAUCAUAUUGUGUAUGAUGAAUUUUCUAUAAAAAAAAAGAUUAUUUUUCACAGUGACUAAAGUCGACCAGAGAGAGUGAAGAGAGAACAAUCAGAAAACAAAAAAAAACGAACGAAAUUGACGGAAUUGUGACAAAAAAGAACCAAUACAAUAUCACGGAAUCAUAGCAAACAUACAUUCAAAAUGUCGAUCAACGAAUUUCUGAAGAAUCUUCCCAGUCACAAUGAGAAAAAUUUUGCACUUUUCAAUACAGAAAAUGGUAUUCGAACGUCAUCACGUCGGCCCUCAGUGUAUUUACCAACAGUAGAUAUUCCAUCAGAACAAAUAAUUGUAACAGAGAAGAAAAAUAUUUUGCUGAGAUAUUUACACCAACAAUGGGAUAAAAAGGCCCCGGUGAAAAAGCGAGAGCAUAGCAAUGAAAAUACUGGAGAAAAUGCCCGAACAAAGCGGCCCCGAAUGGAACGUGAUCAAAAUUGAGCGGUAGCUCAACAUCAAAUAUUCACUUACACAUACACACACACGAAAUGAUAUCAUUAUUUAAAUGCAGAGAAGAGAACCUAUACACCAACACUCAACUGAAUGCAGAAUAAAAAAACCAGAAACACAAUCAACACACAUACAAACACAAUAGUCAUUAUCAUUUGUAACUAGAUGUAAGAUGAAUGUAGAUUGAGCUAAAAUUCGCCUGUCUUGUGGUCAAUGCUAGCCAAUUGAUCAUGGGCAACACACACACACACAUAUAUACACACACACCGAAAAUCCGGAUAAAACAAGGACAAGUUUUUUUUAUUCUGGAGAUAAAUUUUCUUUUCGUCAACCCAUUUUUUUUCUCUUCAAUUUGUUUUAUCUUCUUUUAACUGAACAAAACCGACUCAUUGAUCAUCGCUUUGAAUCGAUCAAUUCAUGUAAUAUCCGUUUCAUUGAUAAAUUCACAUGAAAAACACAAUCAAAGUGGAAAAAUGCUUUUUUGAAGUCAGUUUUAUUGAUUCAUUUUAACGCCGAUGCAAUUAGCAAAUAAGUUAACAUGUAGAAAAAAAAACAAAGAAAAGCAAUGGAUUUUCGUUUCAAACAUAUUAUUUGAUGUUUUUGUUUUUAAAUUACCAUUUAAUUGAAAAAAGAAAAUUUAACACGAAAGAUGAAUUGAAAUUCCCUCAUUUUUUUUCUCUCUCGCUUGUUUCAUCUUUAAUUUUAAGUUGAUCGAUUUCCAUACGAUUGAUUGAAAUUAUACAAAUUAUAUCGAAAACAAAACAUAUUUAUUCUAAUUAAUAGAAAUCAUACGCAUUCAUUGACAGAGAAUGAGUCUUUUUCGCAUUUUUUUUUUUAUUCUUUCAAAAGCAUUUACAUUGUUCAAUGUUUUCCAAACAAAUAAACAAAAAAGAAA